AUGGCGACGAACCUUGAAGGAUCGGAGGACGUGAACGACUUUCUGCAGCGCAUCCGCGGACUCGGCGACCAGCGCGACAAGGAAGAUGAGGAACGCACCAAGAAGCUAGAGGAGGAUAUUCUGCAGGGCCGCAAGGAACGACAGGCCCGCCGAGCUGAGCGAGCACGAUCAAUUGCCGGCUCGCCCACAUUAAAUCCCUCGAGACUAAGUGCUUCCUCUCUCGGACAACCAUCGAUCGAUCCCCCAGAGCACCUUGAGCCCACUUUGCAGACCCAAGACCCAGAAACAGCCACAGCGGAAACAGCCAAGUUGAGUCAGGAGAGAGAACCACUGGAUGCCGACAAGCGACGGGGAUCGGUUCAAUCCUCGGAACCAGAGUCCCCAACUCGGGCUCUGCCGACUUUGUCACGAAGUCGAACGGGGACUUUGUCAUGGCAGCAACGCCCGGGCUCGCGUGAUUUCGGCAACAGGUCCCCCGGCUCGACAUCUCCAACUCGCUCCAGUCAUCUCAGAAAUACCUCCACUGCAUCUGAUCAAGACCAGUUGUCUCGUGGCCAGAUUACCCAAUCUCUCUCGUCAAAGGACCCGUCUUGGUCUCGACAAACCCCGGACCCUGGGCUGAGCUCGCCCGCGCACCGAAAGCCUGAAGAACAGACAGAAACCGGGGCAGAUUUGGGUGCAAGUCAAGAGCUGCCAGACCUAAGCCGCGAAUCAACAGCAGAGCUAGAUCACCGGUCAGAAAAAGCUGGGGAUGCAUCGCCGUCCCCACCGCGAACCGCGUCUACAGUUGAGGAGAGCAGCUUCCACCACCGAUUUUCGAGCGUUUCAUCGGUAUCUCCAGCGACCGGACUGGGGUCUCCUGUAACACUGUCAGAUGCUCCCAAGCUCGACCCGCCCCAGACUGAAGGGCCCACCGAAGAGCCCAUGUCUGCAUCCCCCACCCAGCGGCGAAUGUCUCCCGAACGGUCUCGAUCAACCUCACCGACGAAGGGCCUCGGCGGCUUUGUCCAGAGUGCGAUGAUGCGAAGAUCGGAUAGUGUGUCAAAGCGGUGGAGUGCCCAAAUCCCGCAGGGUCUCAGUCGCAGCAACUCGAUUGUCUCGAAUCGUAACAGUGUUGCGGCCCCUAGCUUGACGGCCAGUGUCAGUGACCUGGCACCCAAAACUGAUUUGCAAAAGAGUCCGGAGACCUCAUCGGUGCCUAACCAACGCCCUGGGUCGAGUCAUAGCGAGGCAACUGUGGUGCGCCCCGCAGAGUCUACCGAAAGACCUACAACCCCUUCAAAUCCUCGAAAACUCUCCACCAGCCGUCAGGAGUAUAGCCCGAGCAGACCUCCCUAUUAUGGCCACACCCGUUCCACCAGCUCGAUGACUGCUGACAGCCAGAGUGCCGAAACCUCCUCUCCGUUCGUCUCACGAACUAUGGACCCCAGACGUUGGAGCCCCCAGAAGGCCUCCUGGUUAGAAAGCGCCCUGAAUCGACCUCCCGAGUCUCCCAGACACCAGAAGCAACCGUCGCAACCUGCCUGGCAAAGAGAACGACAAUCACGGGGUAGCGUUGAUAUGGGCCGCUUCAAGGAGGUGAACCCGGUUGGAUUGAUGCGCACACCUCCCCCGGGUGGGCAUUUCAAGAAACCCAGUAUUUCCGGAGCCCCUUCGAUCUAUGGUAGCCCCAGUGCCACCAGAACCAGGGAGACUGCACCCAGUUCUCCGACCCCCGGCGCAGACAAAGAAUUGUCGUCUCUGAAACGAGAGCCUGUGACCGAAGAGACGAAGGAACUAUCGCCUGUUGCACCCGCAUCCGAGCCCGCAUCCGAGCCCGCAUCCGAGCCCGAGUCCAAAGCCAAACCCGAGCUUCAGUCGAAAAUAUUGCAGACCGAGACUGAUGCUCCACCUGAGCCAGCCAGCCAGCCCGAGCCUAAGGUUGUAGCUACACCUGAGCCCGAAACUACGCCCGAAGCGACUCCAGAACCUACACCUACCCCCGGUCCCGAGCUCGUACUCGAACCCGAGCCAGUUCGUAAGCCAGCGCCUUCUGCUCUGACGCUCAAACCGAAUUUCUCGCUUCCCACGCGCGACCCGAUGUCGCCUCGAACAGCGAAGCCGCCACAAUCGCCUGUGAUUGAUUUUCGAGCAAACCUGCGUAAGCGCGAGGUUGCAAAGGACACCGGACCGCAACAAGAGCCAGAGUUCAAGAAUGUGUUUGGCAAGCUUAAAAAGACUGAAACUCGCAACUAUGUCGCUCCAGAUGAGCUGAAGAACAACAUUCUUCGGGGAAAAGCUGCCCUGCAUGUUACUGGUGGACCCAAGAAAUCAGAGCGAGUCGACGAUUUCAAGGACAGUCUUGUCAAGCAAAAGGAAGCGAUGAAGGCCGGCGGGGGGUCCAUCCGACGGAAUACUGCAGGGGAGCAAGACGCACCGGAGAAGCUUCCUACUGCGGUACCUGAAGCCAUUGCCAAGCGCAACUUGAUGUCAAAGUCGGGCAGCAUCAGAUCACCAACCCGUGAGAAAAGCUCUUCCGUUUCUGGGGACAAUGGCUCCUCGCCGACUUCCCCAGUUUCCUUGCCGUCUGUAUCCCCGCCUGCUGCCAAUGAGACUGAGCAGCACUAUGUCACUUCGCCAAUGACAAGCGAGUCCAAGGCGACUGAGGCUGAGCCGAAUGACAGCCCAAACCUCGAGAGGGAUGUCACAACGGAGGAGUCACAGCCAGCUGUAACAGCAGACUGCCACCCCAUAGGGGAGGCGAUCAGCUCAACUCCUGACUCGCCCUCGCCAAAAGUAGCGGAGGAUUCGACUCCAGCUGCAACCCCGUGCUUGGCUGCUAAAGGGAAACUUGCAGGCCGUAUCAACCCUGCGUUAGCAGGCCUCCUAUCCCGAGGUCCCCCGGCUGCCAACGAGGGAUCGAAAAGGGAGCCGGUUAUGCCCCUCUCGAACUCUGGUGAAAGCUCGCCUUCAUCGUCAUCUUCGUCCCUUACCCAUAUGACGAAGGGUCGCGCUCGGGGACCCAAGAGACGGCUUCCUAAGGGGACUGCUGCUCCACCUGUCUCAUCCACCCAGGAUACUAUGGAGGUGGGUGCAAUUUCGUCUCUCGAAGUCACAAGCCCCCCGACUGCCCCUGAACCUGUAGUCCCCUCAGAAGCCAAGACGAAGAGCCUGUCAGACAACACUUUCAUUCUCGAUACUGAAAACGCCCCAACAGAGAGCCCCGUCGACAAGCCCUUGCCGCCAGUGAAAUCCAGCUUCCAGGAUGCUCUCACCAGCGGACUGCAACAGAGGCUGCGGAAUGUACCCCCUUCUCCUGUGUCCACAAGAGGGCCCGAUAUGCUUUCGCCAAGUGAAAAGGAAAACGCAACUCCCACCCAAGAAAUGGGGUCGCCGGGAGCAGUGAGCCCAUCCAGUGGACCCCCUGUUCCGCCAAAACCCCUUCAGUCGCUUUCACCUUCUCCAUCGCCAUCGACACCUGCACAAAAGCCGCAGUGGGCCCGGCAAGCUCGGUAUGCUUCUACUUCUCCGUCACCCCUUCGGACCAGUUAUGGCGAGAAUCGAAUGGAACAGCCGACACCGUCGAUGCAAAGGAUCAUUCCCGGGGUGACAGUUGCAGACUCUUCUCCUCGAUCCAGCACCCAGUACUCGCCUCCCGUUCCUCGUAAGGGGUCCGACAUUUCUCUCGAUAAACCUUCUGAUCCGCAUCGCCUGUCACGGAAAAUGUCUGCUCCAUCACUGGUUGCGCAAGCUGCAGAUGCUCGCGAAUUCAUUGCUCGGUUCUUCAAGUCAUUCCCCAACCCUCGAGACCGCAUGGACAUUGAUCCACAACUCAUGUUGAUGGGCCAAGUGGACACUAUGAAGAUCAGAACCAUGAAACGUCAAAUCUGGGAGCUCACUGGGGAUGGCAAGCGGCAAGAGCUGCCAGCGAACCAAGAGUACGUGCUGUAUGAGGGAAGCAUGUACCUGUGUGUGCAUUUGUUCGAAGCACAAGAGAGCAAUCACUCGGAAGUGUACCUCUGGUGUGGAGAUGACGUUCCGGGAGGUGCGCAAGACGAUGCGCAGGUUUUCGCAAAGAAGAUCGCCCGUGAUAAUAGCUGCAAGUUGGAUGUCAUUCGUCAAGGCAGAGAGCCUAUGCGAUUUAUGCAGGCGCUCGGAGGUAUUAUGAUCACACGCCGUGGGUCUAGCUCCCGAUCCAACGCUUCGGCUCUGUACAUGCUCUGUGGCCGGAAGCACCUGGGCCAAAUGGCCUUUGAUGAGGUUGAUUAUUCUUUGCGCAACCUCUGCUCUGGGUUCCCUUUUGUUAUCUCCGCCCCCUUCGGCAAGCUGUAUCUAUGGAAGGGCAAAGGAAGCAGCCCCGAAGAAACCGGUGCAGCCCGUCUCAUAAGUAUGGAUCUGGGCCUCACUGGAGAAUUCGAGGAGGUUGAUGAGGGCCAAGAACCGGAGAGCUUUUUCGAAGACUUUGCGGGAACCAACGAGCGCAACCCGCUCAUGGCCUCUGAGUACUGGCAGCUCAAGCCCAAGUAUGAUCACUUCCGCACGCGACUGCUGAAGGUGGACCACGAAAUGGGUCAACCGUCUCGUUUCUGGAUGCGUCGUCCGGGCUCGGGCUCACCGGUUGUUCGACCGAACGAUACCGUACGAGAAAUUGAACCGUUUUGCUACAAGGACUUGACCGAACGAGAUGCUUACGUUCUCGAUACGUUCUUCGAGAUCUAUGUCAUCAUCGGUGAACACGCAUCUCAAAAGUCAGCCGAGUUUGCUUCCGCUGUCGUCUUUGCUCACGAGUACGGAAUUCUCGCAGCUUCACUUCAAGACCGACCGUUUAUCCCAAAGAGCUUUGUUGCCCUCGGUGGCGUCCCGGAUCGCUGCCAGAGCGCUUUCCGCAAAUGGGACCAGCUUUCCCUGCAUGCGCCUGUCGUCUUUCCACUGGAUGUUGCGAUCGAGGCAAUCCGAUCCCCGGAGAGGGGUUAA